UCUCGGGAGCCGUAGAUUUACGGUAAAGCAAGACGUGUAUCUUUUUUUCCCCGUAGAACAGGAAGAACAUUUAUCAGUGAAUACGAACCAGCAACAUGUACAGCCGAUGCUAAGCUUUUGACCUAUUAGAAUAAACUAUAACAUAUUUCUUUAAAAUCGGUUACUAAUGUAUUCGAGGAAGGAUGUCGUCCGAUUUAAUGUUAGACUUCGAGACUCAAGAACAACAAAUGAUGAACAGUGAAACUGGCACCAUGUCCAUCGACCAGGAUGGCGAGUGGGACAUCAGCCUGUUUGACGAGCUGGACAACCUUGGAGAUGCAGACGAACUUCUUCAGGCCUUGGAGUGUGUGGGAUAUGCCGGCCCUGACCUCGACUUUGACAUGGACCUGCCUCCCUGGAGCACUGACACAGGCAGCACCUACACAGAUGGGGAUCUGAGUGUGGACUCUCUCUCUCCUGCCCGUACCAUGAGCUCUGUCACCUCGCCUGCAUCCCGAGAGGCCCUGUCACCUUACUCCAUACAAGAUGAUCUAGCCAUAUCUCCUCAGCCCUCUCCUGCCGUCUCUGUCUGCUCCGAGUCCAGCGGCUUCUCAGAGCCCCCCCUGCCCCUGGCCAAGAGGGCCCCCAAGAGGACCAGUCAGGCCACGCGAGUCAAGCCAGCCCAGCCAGUGAAGAUGCCUAUCCAGCUCACCCCCAAGGUAUCCAUCCAGCCCAGACCAGUUGUAACAGCUGUAGCCCAGCAUGCCGCGGGCCCUCUCCAGACCAUCAUCAUCCAGCCCCUGCAGACCACCCUGGUGCCUCACCCUGCUGUGGUCAAACCUGCCCCUGUCAGCAUACAGCCAGCGCCACCUAUAGGUGGUCCGUUGGUGCUGUGCCAGCCGGCCCAGGUGCUGCAGAUCCACACGCCACAGGCAGUCACCGGGCACCUGGUUACCAUGCCAUCAUUGACCCAAGAGAGGCCCGCCCCCAUUGCAGUCACACUCCACAGCCCUGGCUCUGACGAAGAUUCGAAGGUGUCCCAGCGACAGCAGAGGAUGAUAAAGAACAGGGAGUCGGCAUCUCAGUCCCGUAAGAAGAAGAAAGAGUACCUGCUGACGCUGGAGGUCCGUCUCAAGAUGGCGCUUUCUGAGAACCAGCUGCUCAAGAACGAGAACGGCACCCUGAAGAGACAGCUGGAGGGACUACUAUCAGAGAACAAGGUUCUGAAGACCAGUGCUCCUAAGAGGCGGGCCAUUUGUCUCAUGGUUGUGCUGGUGUUCCUCAUGCUCAAUGUUGGACCAAUGAGUUUGUUUGAAGGUGGCCGUGGCUCUAAACUCCAGGCUGGCUCUAUGCACAGCGGCAGACAUCUGCUGGACUUCUCCCAAGAGACCGAGACCCCGGUGGGCCCCGAAUCCCUCCAGACCACCCCUCCGACCCACCGUUCGGAGGAUAAGGCUCUAAUGGUGGUGAAGAAGGAUCCUCUGUUUUUCGGACCUCCUCCUCCGUGUCUGCCGCCUGUCAACAGGACCAAAUGCCUCAGGUUGAACCAUGAGCUGCGAGGCUGGGUCCAUCGACAUGAGGUGGAGCGGACCAAGACCAGACGCAUGAGCAACAGCCAACACCGAGCCAACAGGACUAUCCCUAAAGAGGAUAAGAAGGCUGAGGUGUCCCAGGUCCUAACAGUCCAGUACACUGACUCCACAGAGAAGAGCCCAGGUAAUGAGCUGCAGGUGUACUACGCUCCUCACCGCACCUACAACGACUUCUUUGAUGAGAUUCAUCGCCGUGGAGACACCUUCUACGUGGUGUCUUUCCGCAGGGAUCACCUUUUACUUCCCGCUACCAGCCACAACAAAGGAAGUAGGCCCAAGAUGUCUGUGGUGUUGCCAGCCAUGAAUAUUAAUGAUCGUGUGAUCAAGGACAAGGAGUUUGAGGUGAUGAUGCAGAUUGACUGUGAGGUCACAGACACCAGGAUCCUCCACAUCAAGUCCUCCAGUAUCCCACCAUUCCUGCGUGUCAACCGCACCGACACGCUGUACCCUGCUUCACCUGCGGACGGCAAGGCCACGCCUCCUGUCCAGGUGCUCAUGGGUUCCGCGUAACCUCUGUCAACCAAUCGAAUUGACGCACAAACCCGUAACUCCCACCAACCAAUUUAACAGUGGAAUUGAAAACAUGGAACAACUACAAACGUCUGUUCUGCUCCACCAGUUUAACAGAUGGAACAACUACAAACGUCUGUUCUGCUCCACCGGUUUAACAGAUGGAACAACUACAAACGUCUGUUCUGCUCCACCAGUUUAACAGAUGGAACAACUACAAACGUCUGUUCUGCUCCACCGGUUUAACAGAUGGAACAACUACAAACGUCUGUUCUGCUCCACCAGUUUAACAGAUGGAACAACUACAGGCCACAUGUUUCUAUUUACCUUCCAUUCUUUUUUUAAUUUUCUACAGAUCUGAGAGAAUUUUUAAACGAUUAUAUACUCAAAUGUAUUUGACUGAACUUUGGUAUCAGGUUUUCUCCCUUAUCCUUGAUUUGGAUUAUGCAAUACCAAGCUAGCUCAAAUGGUCAGUGUCACUUAGCCAUUUUCUUUUCAGCUCUGAUAUCCGUCAUGGUUGUUGAAGGUCAAAGACCAGGACCAGGCUCUGUGUGUGUCUAGACUGGCCAGGACUGACCAGAACCAGGCUCUGUGUGUGUCUAGACUGACCAGGACUGACCAGGACCAGGCUCUGUGUGUGUCUGGACUGACCAGGACCAGGCUCUGUGUGUGUCUGGACUGACCAGGACCAGACUCUGUGUGUGUCUGGACUGACCA